CAGAGCACUCGGGGUCCCAGAGCUAUUUCUCUAACUCUGGGCAGGAGACGCUGUCCGUUUUUUUCUAACGGUAACAGGAAGUCGAAGGAAAAACGUGGGAUUCAGAGGUUUGGGCCUCUCAGACAAGAGGAUCGCGGAGGAUCCAGGUCUGACGUCUGUGAGGGCCGGCGCCCAGCACUCUGCCACCCCAGCCCCUAGGCAGAACGCCCACCGCAAACGGCCGCUCCCUCUUUCACCCUCACCCUCGGCGCCCCGCCCACUCCCGGGCGCUGAGCCUCGCGAGAACACCGCUAGCCUCGCCUCUUCGGACUCCAGGCUCUCGCGAGAAGAGGCUUAGGAGCCGGCCUGUAACCUGCCCCGGCGGCUCUGCUGGCCGCAGCCGCCUGAGUGGCCGCUGCCACAGACACCUCCAGAGGGACCCAGUUGAGGAAGAAGCGGAGGUGUCGCUGGCCCCCCGCCUUCGCCUAGGUCCUCCCUGGACACUCAAGAGGGACUGCAGGUUAUGGGUGCUACAUAUGCUUUCAGAGCAGUAGUGUGAGGAAGCUUGAAGUGGGAUGGCAGGACGGCCUCAUCCUUAUGACAGUAACUCCAGUGAUCCAGAGAAUUGGGAUCGGAAAUUGCAUAGUAGACCUCGUAAACUUUAUAAACAUUCAAGUACUCCCGCACGUGUUGCUAAAGGAGUUGCUGACCACACCAAAAUGAGUCUACAUGGUGCUAGUGGGGGACAUGAACGAUCAAGAGAUAGACGAAGGUCAAGUGACAGAUCGCGAGAUUCAUCUCAUGAAAGAACGGAAUCUCAACUCACUCCUUGUAUUAGAAAUGUUACUUCUCCAACACGACAGCACCAUGUUGAACGAGAAAAAGACCACAGUUCCUCUCGUCCAAGCAGUCCUCGUCCUCAGAAGGCAUCUCCAAAUGGUUCUAGUAGCAGUGCCGGGAACAGCAGCAGAAACAGUAGUCAGUCAAGUUCAGAUGGUAGCUGUAAGACAUCUGGGGAGAUGGUGUUUGUAUAUGAAAAUGCAAAAGAAGGAGCUCGGAAUGUAAGAACGUCGGAACGAGUAACACUGAUAGUGGAUAACACUAGAUUUGUUGUAGACCCAUCCAUUUUUACUGCACAGCCAAAUACAAUGUUGGGCAGGAUGUUUGGAUCUGGCAGAGAACAUAAUUUUACACGUCCCAAUGAGAAGGGAGAGUAUGAAGUGGCAGAGGGAAUUGGCUCCACUGUGUUUCGAGCUAUUCUGGAUUACUACAAAACAGGAAUAAUCCGUUGUCCUGAUGGCAUAUCUAUUCCUGAACUGAGAGAAGCAUGCGACUAUCUUUGUAUUUCUUUUGAAUAUAGUACUAUUAAAUGUAGAGAUCUCAGUGCCCUAAUGCAUGAGUUAUCAAAUGAUGGUGCUCGUAGACAGUUUGAAUUUUAUCUGGAAGAAAUGAUCCUGCCUCUCAUGGUAGCUAGUGCCCAGAGUGGGGAGCGAGAAUGCCACAUAGUAGUGCUUACAGAUGAUGAUGUGGUUGAUUGGGAUGAAGAGUAUCCACCACAGAUGGGAGAAGAGUAUUCACAAAUUAUUUAUAGCACAAAAUUAUAUAGAUUUUUCAAGUACAUUGAAAACAGAGAUGUGGCCAAAUCAGUUUUGAAGGAAAGAGGUCUUAAGAAGAUUAGAUUGGGAAUAGAAGGUUAUCCUACCUACAAAGAAAAAGUAAAGAAAAGGCCUGGGGGCCGCCCAGAAGUGAUUUACAACUAUGUCCAAAGACCCUUUAUUCGAAUGUCUUGGGAGAAGGAAGAAGGAAAGAGUCGGCAUGUAGACUUUCAGUGUGUAAAGAGCAAAUCUAUCACCAACCUUGCAGCAGCUGCCGCAGACAUUCCCCAGGACCAGCUGGUAGUCAUGCACCCGACUCCACAAGUAGACGAGCUGGAUAUUCUCCCGAUGCACCCUCCUUCUGGCAACAAUGACCUCGAUCCUGAUGCACAGAAUCCAAUGCUGUGAUGCUGAUGUUCCUUGAAACCAUCGCAUGCUACCCUUCACGGUGACGUCGCGCUCUCCUCAUUCUGCACUACAAGGCCACGCUCUUCAUCGUGAGAUGCACAUAACAAUGUUUAGGAUAUUGCAGUGGAGGCUUUUUUAAAGACCAAAGGUAGCUGAAUGGUUUUUUAAAUGAGUACAACUCUAGCAUCCUGAGGUUCCAGUUAUAUAAAUGUAUUUGUUUACCAGUAGGUUUGUGAAAUUGGUUCUUUGUAUGGGGGACUGUCCUUUUUCACACAUCUAGAUAUUUUCAGAAGUGGUGAAAAUUGGCAGCUGGGGUCUUUUCAGCUUAGAUUGAUACUCAUCACACCCCAGGUAAAAUGUAGAAUAUUACAUAGUUGCACUUUAUAAAUGGUGGUUAAAUGGAACUGUUCAAGCCAUUUUUAUAGUUGUGAUGCACAAUAUAACUGAAAUAAGUGCUUCUAUCAAAGUAUUCCUUCAGUAAAAUAUGUAUAGUUUGCUGCCCAUGAUGAGCAAAAAAAAAAUGAGUAUCAUUGGGCUUAUUUGAAUGAUUAGGAUGAGAUUCAAUGCCCCUAUCUAUCUUCUCUCCAGUGCUGUUCUUGCCCUUUUACAGUGAGUCACAUGCAGGAAGUGUGAACAUCCAGUCUGCCUUACCCUUUAUCUGUUCAGAUAUUUAUUUACUAAUUUUUUUUUUCUUAAGAGUUAUGGGAUAGGAAAAUGAAGUGUUUGCUCUUCAUUUACUAAAUGAUUGUAAACUCGAGUUUUUCAUCAAAAUAAAAUUCCAUUGUUUUAA